AAUUCAAUCUUUGAAUUAUUUUUUUGUAUAUUUAUAUAUUUAUAUAUAUAUAUAUUUUUCGUAUAUUCGUAAGCAGUUUUCUAGUAAUUUGACACUUUGAGUAGAAUAUUUCAGAUGCCAAGAAUUAAUCUCUUCCUUCUUUGUUAAUAACAUUCUACCUAUUUACUUUCUUUCUGAUUGUAAAAUAUAAACAUAAAGUAAAUGUCAGUAUAAAAGCUAAUAAAACUUAAAGAGAACAUGAGUUACACUACAACUCAUUGUUCUUUUGAUCAGUUUUCAUCUUCGUGAUGAUUAGAAGAAUACGAUAUAAAUUUGAAUUUCAAGGUCGAUCUUAAUUAUACUCCAACAUUCUUUAAUGAAUAUUUACCGAACCAAUGUCCACUAUGGAAGAGGAAUACAAAAGUAGAAAGAGUUACAUCUUUCUUUGUCUUUCGUACGAUGAAUUUUACAAAAUAAGAGUUAAAGUAUCCACUAAACUAAUAACUUUUUGACAUAAAUAGGUUAAUAAUUUUUUAUAAUAAAGAAUCUCGGACUGCGUCGAUUAAUGUAUUAAAAAAUAUAUGAUUCUACUUAAAAAGUUGAUCGUUACAUAACUUUUUUGAGACCACUUACAGAAAAACUGAUAGUAUCGCAAUAUAUCUCCCUUGAAGCGAUUCAACUUUUAUUUGAAACAUUUCUUGCUACAGAUAAUAAUAGUACCGAAAAUUAAAAUGUUAAUGUCUGUACAGAAAAACUACGUAGCAAGUUAUACAUAGGUAUGUUACAGAUCAAGUAUCAGUAGACUUUGAAAAAUCAAAGGAAAUUACAAACACACGCCGUACAUAUGUAUAACUUGUCACAUCGUGCAAUAAUUACAUAGCAUUAUGAUAUAUAACAUUUUUUAAACAUGGAAUAUAACUUUGCUAUAUUACGUGUUAUAUACAUAUAGUAUAGGAAACUAUACAGUAGUCGCACGUUUACAAGACACUCUGUAUAAUUUUAUCGAUAAAACAACACACAUGUUGUGAAAAAACGUCAAGUCACAUCGCAUAUCCAUUCAAGUAUUAAACAAAAUUAAAUUAUGUUUAUAAAAUUAUAAAGUGACUUUAAUUUAUAUUAAAUUAAUAUUACAAUUUGUUAAUCAAGAAAACAAAAGAUGCGUUUAUACAGUAGAAGAGUUUCACUUCGUGAAUCAUUUCUUGAAAUACUAGCAAGAAGAUCAUUAAUUCCAAAAAGAGUCAAUAGGUUAAAGGGGAUCUAUCUUUUCCGAGCUGCAGUGAGACUGGUCUUGGAAUAUAUCGAAUGGUUAACCGAGAAGUCUGUAGUUGAAGAAGUCAGUGACGAUAUUACAAUUAAUAUUCGGAAGGCACAAGAAAAAAAACACGAAAAGAAAGCUCUUACUCUAGAGGAUCGUUCUUAUUUAUUAACGAGGCCAGAAGACCGAUCAUCAGACGACAGAAAAUAUAUAUAUGAAUUAUUUAAAAAGUUUCGCGUGUUCAAAAAAUAUCCUGAACAUUUGAGAGAAAUUUUAGCGGGGGUAUGCUUUUAUCAAUAUUUACGACCUGAUCGCGUAAUUGUGCGACAAGGUCGCGAAGCUGAAAAUCUUUACUUCAUUAUAAACGGAGAAGUCAGCGCAUCGAAAGUAAUUAUUGAUCGUUGGACUGGUGAAUCGGAAGAGAUUGAUAUGGGCAUCUUGAGUCCUGGCGAUAUAUUCGGUGAAGUCGCAUUGUUGCAUGAAAUACCAAGAUCAGCAGCAGUAUUUACAAAAACCGCAGUAGAUUUGAUCCGCAUUCCUCGCUUGGAAUUCGAUGACGUUUUGCGGUCUCCUUUAAAAAGAGAGUGGGACAUAUUGCAGGAUGCGUUAGUACAUUUCAAUUAUUUUAAAUGUUGGGACGAAGAAACAAUACGAGAAUGUUGUAUUCUCAGUAAAUUAAAGGAUUUUCAACCUGAUGAGGUUUUGUUAGGUGAUGGUAAAGGAAUGGUGAAUCAUGUCCAUUUCCUGUUAGAAGGUGAAUGUCGUCUGAUAGAACACAUGAUUGUUCGUAAAACGCAUUCUGUUUAUGGAACUCAAUACGAAUUAUACGAUCCUGAAAAAGAUAAUGCAAAGAAGGAACCCAGAUUAUUAAAGAGCUUAGAAAUGGCUACAAAGAUGGACGAAUUAGAAUAUGAAUAUGAAACUACCAAAGCAAAUGGCAUAGACGAUGCUAUCGACGGAAGUCGAGAUUUCAUAGAUUAUGCACAAAUCUUACUAUCAUCGAAAGCAACUGAUAGGAGAAUGGACUUUGAACGUUCAAGCGUCAUUACAACUACAUUAUUAGAUGUCAUGAAUGAAUGGCAAAAAAUUACGGAUGUAGCAGAAAUGUUAAUGAGAGAACCUUCAUCAACCUCUCAGCAACGUUAUCCGGCUGACGUACGUACAAUAUUUAUGCAAAUUUGUACGUUUAACAGGGGUGCGUGUUUCGGCUUAGGAGAAAAUAUGAUUAAUCGAAGAAUAGUAGCUACUUCAUCCGUAAGAUGUUUUUUGGUUCCGCGGUAUUGGUUGAGAAUUCAUAAUCGUGCAAAUAUUUGGGAACGCGUAAAGUUGUUCUUGGAUUCCAAAUUUCCUACUGAGGGGCAAUUAUUUGAAAAAUUUGUAACCAAUCGCAGAUGGCUAGAGUACAAGAAGACUUUAAUUGAAGAUAUAGGUAGACAAGGUCGACGUAUUCAUAGCAAUGUAACAAUACAUGAUGUUCCUUAUGCAAUUAGGAUUGCCAACGACAUAGGCGCGGAAAUGUAGUCCCACGAUUUUUUAAUAAAAAGAUUGUGGAUGUUUAUGUGUUUAAAUAUGUGAGAAAGACAUAUGACAUCUGUAAUAUAAAAUAUACACACGAAAAAUGGACAAAAUAUGUCGGCGAUAUGUUUUAUAUAAUUUUAAUAUAUUGAAUAUUAUUUAUGACAUAAUAUUUAGUAAUAGGUAUUCAAUAAUACUCUUACAAUUAUUCUAGUAUGUAUAG